GCAUAAAGUUUAGUAACAUCUCGUACAGAACACAGUUGCAAUUUGCAUCCCAAAAUGUGCAGACAUGCUUAAGCUACUAGAUUAUUAGUUUUGUUAGGUUCUCAAUUUGUUCAACGCUAGAGAAAUGGCCACCAUGAUUAUUACCGCAUUCGUUCUUAUUUUAUUCGUACAGCAAUGCGUUGCUCAAAGCGAACCAAACACCAAACAAUCGGGAAAAUAUUCAGAAGAGUAUUGCGAUCCGUGUAGAGUCGAUAAAAGAAUAAGAAGAGAUGUGGAAAAGAAAGGGAGUGAGAAUGAAACACAAAACCAAAAUCCUGCAGUUGCCGCGAAGUUAACUUCAAAUGCUAGUGCAGUGGCGGAUAAUGAAUUUGUACGGUUGAGGCGUGGUACAGAUAGGGAUGCUGUACAGCAAGAUGUCGAGAAUGUUAAACACGCAAUAGACGAAUACUCAUCAAACGAAAAGCAGGUACGAACAGCAAGGAUGCUCCUACAGGAUAACAAUGACGUUCCGGAUGGCUUUCGAGAAGCUAGAGGUGCGACUAGGGAACAGUGGGUUAAGCAACCCUACCCCGUUACCAUAGACGACACCAAUUUUGAAGAUAACAUGGCUGCAAGUAGCGACAGAGCGCCAAGAGCUCAUUUUGUUACACAAAGACGCCUAGAACCCUCACCUGCCAUCUACAGAAUGCAAGAACGUGAAGGAAGAUCGCGAGAGCUUUACAGAGACUCGGAUAGAGACUUACCACCUAGUGCAUCGCGAGUUCCGCCGUCGCAUUUUGAAUACUACCCAGAACGGCCAUCGAAACGUUUUGAAUCUUAUCCUAUAAGAUCGUUUAACCCUUACAGAGACGACCCCUAUUACCGGUACGAAGAAUCCCGAUAUGAUCCUAGAUAUGGUUCCCCGGAGAGCGAGCGUCCACGAUCCGAUUUUCCUACAAGACAACGACGAAUAAUUUAUUACGCAACUUUACCUGAAGUAGUGCGAACACCACCAAAUGUCAAUUUGAGAAAUAGGUACGUUUAUCGCGAUCCUUACGAUGACCGAUACGUUACGUCCCCCUCACAGCCAGCCGCCGAAGAAAGUUCAUAUAGAUUUCGAAAGCCAUCCACCCCGUACACUAAAUCAAGACACGAGCAAGAAAUAGAAAGGACGAAAGCUUCUUAUCCUUUAAAAGUUUCGACAGACGUAAAUGUUAGAGAAACCAAGAAAAAUCCUGAAAGACGAAUUUAUUCUGAACCCGAAUCUAGAUACGCAUACAAAGCUCAAUCGAAGGAAAGCUUUGAUCAGCGCACUUAAAUUGCACGCAUUGCGAUUAGUUUAGAUGGUACGCAUACUUGAUUAAGUUAAUUUAUUAACCUGUAGCAGCUUUUAUAAAUUAUUUUGUCGAAUAAAACUAGAUUGUAAUUAAAAUAAACCUCGCUAAAACGUUUUUGUGGUUCAUCAAAAUUUUUAAAACAAAAAAAUUUAAUUGGCGGUCUAAAGAGGAUGAUUUAUGAUAUUAAACAAUAGUGAUUGCAUAAAAGAACGUAUAAUUUCGAAAGAGUUUCCCUUGCGUUUAAAUGCAGAUCAUUUAAUUAUGAUGAAUUAUGGUAUUAUACAUAUUAUUUUCCUUUGUAUGCUGUUAAAAUACACUUCUGCAAUAAUAUUGAAAUGGUGCAAAUGCAGUUUUACAUAUACAAAGUAAAUAAAAUACAACGAACGAUGUAACGUUUAACUCAGUAUACCUAUUUAAAUUGCAGCACGUAUUCUCCAGCUUACUACGGCCCUUUCUGUUGAAAUCUUUUUAGAAAUCAAACGAAUCACAUUACUUUGUCUUACCAGAGGUUUUACUAGAAUAUAACUUACAAAUAUUAAUUAACUAAAUGAUUAUGGAUCCAACUUUUGCUUUCAAUAACUACCAUUAACUACUUCGUAAUGAAUCACUUAGUGCUUCAACAGCCUUUCAAAAAACUUACUGUGAUAUUUUUGUGUAUUUAAUAGAUUAUGUUCAAAUACUCUGUAGCCAAACCUGCAACUGUCCUCUAAAAAUAAAUUUCCAUCUCGU